GUGCUAGCAAUACAAUGUUCAAGAAUAAGAAAUUGUUCCUUGGUGUUGCCGCCACGGUUGCUAUCAUAAAGAAUCCGACUUCCUACGAUUUAAUUGAACAGAAUAUUAUUCUCCCUCUAUCUCAUCGCCUCCCCCCUGAAGUAGCCCACAAAUGUGCUCUGUGGACAAUCAGGUUAAAAAUACCGCCAAGAAACGAUCUUUUUAAACCGAACAUGUUACGUACGACAGUUUUUGGGUUACAUUUCGACAAUCCUAUCGGACUGGCUGCUGGAUUUGAUAAAGAUUGUGAAGCUGUUUCAGGUAUGCAGAGGCUUGGUUUUGGAUUCGUUGAAGUGGGGAGCAUCACUCCAUUACCCCAGGUUGGGAAUGAUCAGCCUCGUGUGUUUCCUCUAGAAGAUGAUGCAAUUAUAAAUAGAUACGGAUUUCCGAGUAAAGGGGCUGAUGCUGCCGCUAAACGUUUUACUCCUUUACUUUCUCCUUUCAUUCGCAUUGAUGUUGUUCAAGUUCCUGAUGAAAAAGUUCAAAAGUUUCUGGAGGCACAUGAUCUAGAAUCUCCACCUCCAGCCAUUGCACCAAAUCCUGGAAGUACUUCGUUUCAGAUCAAGUCUAAGUGGUCUCAAACAUUAAUUGAGAAGUAUUUGAUGCCCAGUACAUGUAAAGUGGGGAUAAAUUUGGGCAUAAACAAAACCAGUAAAAACCCUACAAAUGAUUACUGCGUUGGAGUGGAGAAACUAGGAGAGUUUUCCGACUACAUUGUGAUCAAUGUUAGCUCUCCAAACACACCCGGGCUAAGAGAUUUGCAACGGAAACAUGAGCUUGAAAAAAUGUUAAGGCACAUCUCCAAAAGGGUUGAAAAGAAAAUCAAAAAUUCUGGGGAUUCAGCUUGCAAGGCACUUUUGCUUAAAAUCUCACCCGAUUUAACUGAUGAUUACCUUCAAGAAGUGAUAGAAGUUGUGAUGAAUCCCGCAUUUGGAGUAAAGGGAGUUAUUGUCUCCAACACCACGGUUUCAAGACCUGACACCGUGGUAAGUAAUAGUAGAAAUGAGCGUGGUGGAUUGAGCGGACCUCCUCUAAAAAACUUAUCUACAGAAAUGAUAAAGAAAGUGUAUAUCAUGACUGAUGGAUCUGUGCCAAUAGUUGGAGUCGGUGGGGUAAGCAGUGCUGAAGAUGCGUACGAAAAGAUCAGGGCUGGAGCAUCACUUGUCCAACUGUACACAGGUUUAGUUUAUAAUGGUCUGGGUCUCAUCCGGAGGAUGAAAACGGAUCUUUGCAAGUUGCUGCAACGAGAUGGUUAUAUUAAUGUUCAGAUGGCUGUUGGAGCUGAUGUCCCGGAGGUCACUAACAAAACAAUUAACGAUAUUUUCAGGAAUCUUGAAUUAGACUUUCAUAAAAUGAUGCUUCCCCCGUUAACAAUGCCUCCUCCGCCUGAUCUUGAUUCUUUACAAGGACCGAAAAGUAAUAAUAUUGACUCGUUUCUGCCUCCUCCGCCAAGUUUCGAUAAGAUCUUUAAAGAGGUCGAUAAUAGCGUUAGUAGUGAGAUAGUUGGUAGUGAAAUGGACGAGAGCGAAGCUACUCAAGAUGAACAGGACGAGUUGACUUCUGAAGAUGACAAGUAAGCCUCUCCCUGCUGAACAAUACCAAUAUCAUUAAGAUGUAAUUACUUUAGAUGCAGAUGUUAUAAUAUUAAUAACUUGAAUGUAAUUACAUCUUUUUGUGUUAAAUCUCAUUUCUUUUGUUUAUUUAUGGCAUAUCUUUGUUCUGUUAGGUUAGGGUAAAUUAUUAGAUCUGUUUUAAAGUUUACAUAGAUAAGUGGUUAGGAUCUGGGUAAACCCCUAAAUUCGGAGGAUCUCUGUCCUCUGAGCUCCAACAUCGAUAACAGUACCUUUAUUUCGUGUAAAAAUGUGUUGAUCUCCCUCCCUAUUCUGUUUAAAGAUGUAACACCUGAAGCACUUCCCACGUACAAUAUACACACUCUGCACACAUUAAAAUUGUAGACCGUUAGAGUUAGAGUAUAAUUAUAUUAUAAUGUAAUGAUGUUAACAUGAUACGGCCUUGAAGUCUUGAAUAGGGGGUGACUUGUUGUACUUUGUUCUGUUAGGUUAGGGUAAAUUCUUAGAUCUGUUUUAAAGUUUACAUAGAUAAGUGGUUAGGUCCUCUGAGCUCCAACAUCAAUAACAAUACCUUUAUUUGUAUUCGUUACUUGUGAAAAAAUGUGUUGAUUAACGUUUUACCCAGAUCGA